UCGUUUUAAAAAGGACUAACACUUGAUUUUUUAUUAAUUUGGUUACUUAAUAACAUUUUGCAGUUUAAGGUGUAAUAUAUCUGUAUGAUGAUGGCAAACACAGCUUAAAUGUAACCACAAUACAAAUAAAUUAUGGUUACAAACACCCUGCAACGCAUUUAACCCCAACUGUAAAAGGUCAGAGGUAAAAUCUAAAUGUUUUCUUUAGAAUCGUACAGAAGCCCUCCAUGCACACAUACACACACACACACACCAUUUCAGUGUUUACAAAUGAGCUAUAAAUACUGCAUUGCUAAUCCAAUGAGUAUAAAAGCCAUUAAUUGUGUUCACAUUAAUACAUACUAGAAAUAUCAUUGAUAGCCCACUUUUCUUUCAUUAGCUUAAUAGCUACUUAGAAAUCCUGAACUGUACAUUCAAUAUUAAAUGAAGACAGUGUUGGCCCGGCAGCUCUUUCUCUCUAAUGUAUUAAUAGAACGCAGUCAUGAUAUCCCCUCCCCCAGCCGCAUCCUGCCCUAGUUUCCAUUCCCAGCUAUGCAGUGCACACUUUCACACAGCCACCAAAACAACACUCCACAUUCUCAGGGACAGGCGGUUCGAAGGCACAUUCUGAGGGAAGACAGACACGACAACAACAUAAUCUGUAGCUAUCAUCCAAAGGGCUGUUUAAUCUAAAGUGUACCCACUCCAUGGAAUACUAAUUGACCAAGCUCAGGGUAUUUGUCACGGUCCCGUAGAUAUGGUCUUUCUUGUUCUGAGAAAUCUGUUUGAUGUCUCUAGCUGGUCCUGUCUGUAUUUCAGAUUUUAAUGUCAGUCAGGGAAAAUAAGGUGCAUGAAUAAAAAAGCAUGGAUUUAAUAGAAAACAUUAGGUGGAUUAUUGUAUAAUUUAUAAAGAAUAUGGAUGAAAGGGUGGAUGAAGAUGAUGACGAUGAGAACGUGUGGAAUGCAUCAGCUGUUAUUCUGGACAUUGACUCAGGAUCUUGGGCAGACCGCUCACCCCUCCACGAUGCUGCCAGUCAGGGCCGCCUCCUGGCCUUGAGGACCCUCAUUUUACAGGGUCACAAUGUAAAUGUUCUGACUAUAGACCAUGUAACACCCCUGCAUGAGGCCUGUCUUGGAGACCAUGUUGCCUGUGCCAGAGCACUCAUUGAUGCAGGAGCAAAUGUCAAUGCUUCUACAAUUGAUGGAGUCACCGCUCUGUUCAAUGCCUGUACAGUGGGCAGUGUGGCAUGCACGGAAAUUCUUCUGGAAAAUGGAGCAAAACCCCAGAGUCUUUUAUAUCAACCUUCUCCGAUACACGAAGCAACCAGCAAAGGUCAUUACGGUUGUGUAGAGGCUCUGGUGACUUGGGGGGCAGAUGUGGACAUGGACAUUCCUCACCUGGGCACAGCACUAUAUACAGCCUGCGUCUGCCAAGAGCUUGAAUGUGCCAGGAAACUCCUGAGGGAAGGUGCAAAUGUACAGAAAGGUAAAUCCCUGGAUUCACCCUUACAUGCAGCUGCAGAAAAAGACUGCACAGCUGUAGUGAAGUUGCUGCUGGACUUUGGCGCAGACAUUAAUGCCAGGAACACAGAGUUUCAGAGGCCAGUGGAUGUGGCUCCACCCAGCAGUCUAACAGAAGGCUUUCUACUGCUUUAUGAAGCUACACCACGGUUGCUUAGCCAGUUGUGUCGUCAGUGCAUCAGAAACUGCGUUGGACGCGACAGACUCCACCUUCUUUCCCAUCUUCCUCUGCCUAACAGGAUCAAGAGCUACCUGCAGUACCAAUGACAACAGAUUAUCAAACUGUUUGCCUAAAUGGGACUUGCAGGAAGAAGCCUUGGACACCAAAAAAUUAUAUCAACUCCACACUCCUCAUAACUUUAAUUUUAGCUUCCAGUCAAUCCAGUAAAAGCAAUUAAUUUGAAUUAGCCACACAGCCGAGUAGCUGACUGUAGCAGCUGUGUUGAGCUGGCCUGAUUCUCAUGUGAGGAUGUGUGGACCUGGAUAAAUGUAAAGCAGGAUGCCACUAAAGCAAACUUCCAGGAUUAGUUUUCCCUAGGUUAAUUUUGUUUGAAUAACAUUAAUAAUAAAUAUUUUGUUUUCUGUUCUGCAGUGGUUAGAAAAUGCCUUACUAGUUGCCAGUGAGUGUUGCACUUUAUAUUUAAACCCCCCAUAAAAGAUUAGAAUAACGUGUAAAUGCACACUAUAUGCUGUAUGUUAAUGAAUGUUCAUUGUUUAGCA